GAAGGUAAUGAAAACUAUAAAAUUGUACACAUUUUGAAUUUGAAAUCAAUUACUACUAGAAAAUGUUUCAUUAGCAACGCGGGAAAAUAUGUAUUUUCAACAAGACGGUGCACCAGCACACAACGCCAUCAUUGUUAAAAAUUAUUUAAAUGAAAUUUUUCCUAACCGAUGGAUUGGUACCCAUGGAGUAAUUUCAUGGCCAGCAAGAUCUCCAGACUUGACCCCAUUGGAUUUUUUUUUAUGGGGGCAUUUAAAAAAUGUUGUAUAUGCAGAUCCACCUAUUAAUCUCCAAGAUUUAAAAAACAAAAUACGACUGGCUUGUAGUAAUUUGAGAAGAGAACAAAUAAAUGCUGCCACAUCAACGGAAUUAUUAAAACGUUUGGAAUCAUGUUUGGAACAUCAAGGUGGAAACUUCGAACAAUUUAUCAGAUAGAACUGUAGAACGUAAUUGCAAAUAAAUAAAAAUUGAUUUCAAAUUCAAAAUGUGUACAAUUUUAUAGUU